AUGGAUGCCGAGUCGUGGAAUCGUCCCGCCGGCUCGUCGAGGAGACACCAGAACGCUCUCCAGUCCCGAUUUGGUGAGUAAUUUCGCGCAAGCGGCCCGUCUUGUUGUGGCUUUCGUUUAUUUCUUGGUUUGGAGUUGUGCCGACCGUCGUGUAAUCGUGGGAAUCGGAUUGUGGCGUCUUAUUCGCGCUUCGAUUCGUAUGGUUCAGAUGCGUUUAUGGGGUUCGAGGAUGUUGAGAUCGGGGAGGACGAUUCCCGGACGGAAUUCCCAUGCCCUUACUGCUCAGAGGACUUCGACAUGGCGGGACUCUGCCAUCACAUCACCGAAGAGCAUACCGUUGAGGCCAAGAAUGGGGUAUUUCUCCCCAUCCCCUAUUUUGUUUGCGAACAACUUGGGACGAUUGCUUACUUGUGAUUGCCAACGAAAAAGAUGUUUUUUUGUGUUUUUUGGAAUUAACAUCACGGAAGACAACGAAAUGUGUUUUUUGCGAACAACGAUUCGUAUUUUUUACUGUGUCACUCUGAAUUUUGGUUAGUUUUCUAGUCGAUAAAAGUAGGGUUCCUUAUUCAACUGUUGGUCCCGAAUUCUAUCACUUUUUACUCUGUCACUUCUCUGGUUUUCAUCUCAACUUUUGCUUCUUAAGUGGCCCAAAUGGCUUUUGUGGCCUCUCUUGCUUUGCUUUAUGAUCAUAUCCCAAUUUUUCCCACGUUGUUAUUUUCUUAUUCAUUUUACGGAAGUUUUUUCUGCUUAAAUGGGGGCCUUCGGAGGGUUUAGUUAUCUCAUUUUUGGCCUUAACGGUGAAAGUUUACAUGUUGGUCUCUUAAAAAGAAAGAAUAAUGUGGAUGUGUAGGUCCCCUGUUUUUUUAUUUUGCUAGAUUGUUGUGAAUAGAAACUCAUUUGCUUUGCCUACUUGUUCUUGCUACAGGUAUGCCCUAUUUGUGAAGUAAGAGUCGGAAUGGACAUUCUGGACUACGUGGGGCAUAUAACAAUGAUGCAUGGGCAUUUAUUGAAGAUAUCCUUCCUUUCCUUCUCCCGUUUAUGCUUUCACUCGAAUUAAGAUAUCAUUUCCAUCUGUUAAGAAAUAUGGGCGUUAGAAGUUCACAUUGGUGUCUAAUAUUUAGAGUUUUCAUAAACCCACAUGUGUAGCAUUCAAUAUAAACAUGAACAUAUGUUUAUUCCGUCUAAAUCAACUAUUUAACUUGUCAAUAAUACUUACUUUCUUAUCCUUGACGAUUUCUCACAUGCACCAUAGAAGGAGGUUCCACAAAGGAUCCCCAAUGCCCCAUUCUACACUUUCUUUAUUGAAGAAGGAAUUACGGGAAGGGCAUUUACCAUCUCUUCUCGGAGGUUCUUCCUAUACAGCAUCGGCUUCCAACACAGCUCCAGAUCCGUUAUUAUCUUCUUUUAUGUACAAUUCACUGGCAACCAAUUCAUUCAAAGAUGUUCAACCACAGACAUCAGAUAUAAGUGUAGAAAACAAGAAACUGCAUAAGAAGACAAUAGAGAGGUAUGCUGCAUUGACUCUAGGAACUUUAAACUCUUGUAUUGAAUUAAUAGUAUUGAAGUAAUAUAGUUUGAUCUCACUAGGUCAUGAUAGGUAUGAUUGUUUAGGAAUUUUAAGUGCUUGAACAGAUAGAAUCUUCAAUCAGUAAAGUUUAGAAUAACACGAACAAAGAUACAAAACCGUGCAUUCAUUUUUCCAGUAAAAGACUUACAUGUUUUUUUGAAUAUCUGGUGUAUAUUUUUCGGGAGAUAUUAAUUAUUAGAGGCUUAAAAUUUAUUGGCCAGUCAAUACUUCAGAACAGCUAUGAUGGAGGAAGUUCAUCAGUUGCCUUGUGGUUCAUGUCUUAUUGAGCCGUAAAAUUUGUGUUUGUCUUAGUGGCAAUAUGAGUUUUAGUUUCUGGAGGUGGGAAGGGGACCCACCUUUCAUUCCCCUUCUUUAGGAUGAAGUGCGGAGAUAAGCAAGCAUAUUUCAGUCAACUCUUCCAUCAUGUGGACCGCUUCUUUUUUAGCAUUCCUGGGUCCCUAAUUUUCUUUGAAUUAAAUAUCAUGGUGUUUAAAUGGUCACCUAGGAAACAAGGCAGCUAGUAUGCCCGUGAUAGUUGGGCUGCCUAAGUUGGAUUGAGGAAUGCUAUUCGUGUGACAUAUUUUCAAAGGUGUGUACAUUUCCGUGAAUUGAAGUUCAGGCAUAGGGUGUGCAAAUGUGGAUGCUUCAAUCCAAAUAGAUGUUCGAGCAAUGAAUUUCAUUUUCACUUGCAAAUGUCCUGCUAAAUAAUUUUAUUUGUAUUUAAUACAUGCUUCAUUAUUCGUGGCAAGUAUUAUUUUAGUAAUAACUAAUAAUAAAAUUUAAUUAAAUAUUAUAAUAUAUUUAUAUCUUAAUGUUAAGUAAUUUAGAAGGUAUAUUUCUUCUUAGUUGUUUUACUUAGGAUAUGUUCUUAAUUCAUGUCAUCAUGAAUACUUAGUUGUUUGUUUUUAGUCCUGUCAUAGAUACAUGCUAUUUUUAAAUAUGCUUAGAACUAGUCGUUGGCUACUUAUCUCGCUUUGCCUCCUACACAUAAUGUGGUAGAUUGCCAUCUUGGUUGCCUGAAGAUCCUGGUUAAAAGCGUGCUCAAGUGAAAACUGCAUACUUAAUUACACAACCAAGUAUGAAGCAAGUAUGAUUAUGAUUAGUGUUCCAAGAAGUUUUAUGGUUUGAAGUCGAAAGUUCCAGGUGGUCAUCUUGGGGAUUGUGACUACUAUCAGCCGGAGGUUCUAUUCAUAGUAGUCCAUUGCUGGAAGUUCAAUGAUUUCAAAUUGAAAAUAAGGUCCUAUAUCUUCUUCUUUCAUAAUUGAAUGUGUUUCUUAAUAUGGGGAUGGUUGAGAAACCGAUUUCGUCCCCUUCGUUCGUGUGCCUAUCUAUUCUCAUAUCUUUAAAUUAAUUUCACCGUGGAUUACAUUUUUUAGGCCCAAUCUAGCAUUAACUGCAUCUCUCGCUGCUUCAACAAUUACAUUGGCAGCAUUGCUACUAAAAGCUAGUAUUAGAUCAUUGCUGACAAUAGCAGGUUAUGCCCAUCCUGCCUGAAAGCAAUGAAGAAGAUACAAUGAUGCUCAUAUUACGCUUCUGUGUUAGAAGUCAAAGAGCCCAUAUUUAGCAUAUAUACUAAAAACGUCCGGUGGUUGGAUGUGUUUCUAUCAGCAUUUGUGGGACAUGGUGAAUGAAUAUCUCAAUGAGGUUCUUGAGGAAUUUCAGAAAGGGCUCAUGUGCAUCAGGCAUUUGAAUGCCACAUUUCUUACUCUGAUACCUGAAUAAUAAAGAGGCUAGCAGGUGGCUGAUUUCAGGCCUAGAAGUCUCCUGAAUAGAUAGAUGUCAUAAAAUUAUCACCUAGGUGUGAACUGGGGAUUUUAAAAUAGGGAUUGAUAAAAUAGUUGACAAGUUUCAAUCUGCAUCUGUAGCUGGAUAAUUCGUUCCAUACAACUUUAUGUUUGUAUGUAAAGCAGUUCAUCAUAAAAAAAAUGAAAAGGAAAGCGUGUGGGAGUCUUGGAUUUUCGAGAACUUAAUCUGGAUGGGUCUUAAACGAGAUGGGAUGAACUGAUGCACCAUUCUCUCACUUACUAAUGAUGAAUCAAAUGAGUUUUGAAAAUGUUCAAUGGACUCUGGUGGUGGAGAUCCCUUGUCACUACAUCUCUUCCUUCUUGCAGGACAAAUCAUAGGUCCGUUGUGUAAAGCUGCAGUUUCUGGAUGUCAGAAUAAGAUCUCUCACAUAUCUCAAGUUUGACGAUGAUACAAUUUUUGUUUGAAGGUGGGCAAUACGCUGAAAAAUCGAGCCUCAAAAUGAUGAUUGAUAGUUCAAGAUCUCGCUUGAUUUCGACAAAACAUGAGUUAGUGAACUGGAAUUCAGCAAAAAUGGGAUGAUUAAAUGAUUGUAAGGUCGGCACAUUCUCACCUUGGUCUCCCACUGUCUCUCUUGGGAGAAAAAAAAAACAAGGAAAAAAAAACGGGUGGACAGAAUUAAUUCAGAAGUUUUGUUCUAAAGUAGAAAGAUGGAAGGGAAAACUACUCACAGUUGGAGGGUGUGUUCUUAUUUCUAGAAUCGUACUAUCUAGUUUGGUUCUACAUAUGAUGCAAAAUGGAAUAUAUGGGAACUGAAGUUCUUUCUGGAUUGAGCUAGAAGACCAAGAAAAACAGGAGCUGCUCUAGCUAAAAAUAGAUGUUUCCAAAGGGCCAAUUCUUUGUAAGUUGUCAUGAAGAGCAGGAGAGUGCAAUUCCUUGACAUUAAUGGGGAAACUCUCUGGGGUAAUGGGAACGGGUGUAGCUUCUGUUCCUGUGGGUAGCUGUAGAGCAUUCCUAAUUUGGAAAGAUAAUUACUACAACAUUUUCCAUGGUUGUUCUACAGCUGCGGCGGAACUUGAUCUGUGGAAGGUACUCUUACUAGCUAUUUUUUGGGCCAUAUGGAGGGGCAGAGAUGAACCGUGGCAUAGCCACAGUUCAUGCACCUGAAUGGUCAGAAGCAGUUCAAAACGAUCCAGAAAGAGAAAACCCUGUUGCUUCAAUGGAUUCCUUUUAUAAAGGGGACUCAACAGGGGGGAGGGGAUGAGUAAUUCAGUAUAUUCCUGUUUAUGGGUGUGAUAUCCGUGCUGUCUUCUUUUUUUUUUUUUGUACUGGGUGGAUCUAAUAAUCCAUUAUAAAACCAUUUAUUUCCGUUUAUUCGUUGAUCCAUUAUAAAUAUUUCAGUUUUCUUGGGAAAAUGAAUCUGCUUGGUUGCUAAAUUUCUUAGAAAAAAAUAUUUCUGCCGAAUGAUUUAUGUCGGCAGCUGGGCUGUCUGAUUAAUUUAUCAUUAUUAUUAAUUAUUAUUAUUAUAUUCAUUUAUUCACCGAUUGAGGUGGGCUUUUCAUGGAUUGAGGAAAUCAUUUUAGUUUGUCAUCAGUAGUCUCCAUUCCAUUGUUGAACUAAUUCUUUUAUAUUUACGUAUAUUUAUUUGGUUAUCCAGCGUGGAACCGUCGUUGUCGGAGAAGGAUCAGGAGGAGAAGGCCCGGAGGUCGGGGUUUGUGCGGGGGCUUGUGCUGUCGGCGAUUUUCGGCGAGGGCUCCUGA